AUGGCCUGCCAGCUUUUUCGGGGCGCCCGCCGUGUCCGAGCUUCCGUCGUCGCGCCUUUCUUCUCGCCCAUCACCAUCCACCCACCACGACGGCGGCCGUGCUCUGAUCGCUCUUCGCCCGCACUCACGCUCUCGAAGCUCAUCCUCUCGUCGAUCGCCGACUCCGCGCCUGCUCAUCCCUACGACACCCCUCCAAAUCUACCGGCGACAACGCCAGCACGGACACUGCCGAGCCAUCCCAGCAGCAUCAAGGAGAUGAGCACGCAGGCUUCUUCGUCUUCGCUCAGGCUCGACGCCAGUGGCCCGAAAGAUGCGCCUUCUCCGAACCGCCGUCGAAGAGCGCGACCAUCGUCGCCCAUCCUCGAGGAGCCGGAAGCGGAAGAGGUGCAAGACGCCCAGCGGCGGCGCGACGAGCGUCCAGGUCGAUCCGCCGCUUCGGCUUCCCGCGGCACCGUCGACUCGCAGCAGCAUCAUACCGAGCCGAAAUCGGCCGCUGCCGCUACGACGGCGGAAUUGUCGUCAUCGCAGCCGAGCGAGGCGGCUGAUCCGGCUCGCAAGAGGGCGAGGAGGGAGGACCCCGAUGCGAAGACGAGGGGGGCGAGGAUGUUUGGACUGCUCAACUCGACGCUGACCAAGUUCAAGACAGAUGCCGAGAGGCAAAAGACGGGAACUGCUGCGCAACGUCGAGCGUCGCUGGAAGCACGGCUGCAGGAGAAGCUGCGGCGCGAGUCGCACGAGAUCACGGUCAAGCAACGGCUCGAGACGGAGCUGCGGGCGUACGUGGGCGAGGCCAAGAGGCUGGCCGAGACGAUUGCGCUGCGCGAAGCCGAGCACCGGACGCGGCGCGCGCAAAAGAGGAGGAUGGCCUCGUUCCUCUGGACGCCCGGUCUCGUCGAGUCCGACGUGCCACGCUACCGCCGGCGCGGAUCCGUCUCCUCCUCCUCGGCCGCCGCAGCCGCCGCCGUUGCUUCUGUCGGGCCAGCCAGGAGGGAUCGCGGGGCCAAGCAGCAAGACGAGGGUGCGCCGGAUCGCAUCGCCCCGCACAUUCCGUCGACGCUGCCUCCGAUCUCGCGUUCGGCGAACCAGGGGGGCGACUACCCGCUCUACUUUCUCCCCUACAAGCUGCUGCCGUCGCAGGACGACGUGCUCGACGAGCAGGAGGAAAAGGUCGACGACGAGAUCGACAAGGCCGACGAUGCGUGGGAUCGCGAGCGCGACCGGCUCGAAGACAGGCUCCGCGCCGUCAAAGACAAGAUGGCGCGCAAAAGGAAAGAGAUUUUCGACGAGGCGAGUCCCGAGGGCGGAGAGAAGAAGGAAGAUGGAGCAAGGCGGGCUGAAGAGGGCGUUGGUGAGGACAUGGACGUCGACGGCUAG